AUGUCACCCAAGAAGUGUGAGCCGCCGCCCGAGGAUUCGCUUGCGACCACCGAAAAGGCCACCUUUCUUCGUUUGGGCCACAAGAACCACUCCCAAUGGACCGCGCUCGGAUCAGCAUCCUUCAUCCUAAUCUCUGGAGGAAUGAGUUUGGCAUGGGGAGCCGGAUUCGCCGUUCACUCCGCCCAUCGGGAUCAACUUCUGCGGACCGUGCACAUGCAAAUCGCCUGGUAUGCAACUGCAGUGCUUGGAGCCCUUUUUGGAGCAUUUUAUACUCACCGACUGCCACAGCAGCCCAUUUAUAUUUUUAGCUCCAUCUUGGUUAUUGCAUCCGGAAUACUGUUCCUGGCUUGGCCAGAGUGUCCAGGUGCCAUUAUAGCCGCCCGGUAUCUAGAUGGAUUGGCCAAUGGUCUGGUAUUUGUUCCCGCCCUAAGUACUGUGGGUGAGAUUUCUGUUAACGAGAUCCGUGGACUUUUGGCCUCCACGGUGGAGCAGCUCAGCUUCAACACCGGCAUCCUGUUGCAGCUAAUCUACACGGCCGUGUGGCAAGUGGACUGGAACGUGGCCAUUGUGGCGGAUCAGGUGCAUGGAGUGCUAUCCAUAGUCUACGGAGUUAUAGCCCUGGCUUUGGCCCUAACCCUCUGUGUGGAGUCACCUGUCCACCUGUUGAUGCGAUCCAGUGAACAGAGGGCGUUGGUUGCCCUGAGACACCUUCAAAGGCCAUAUAUGGUGACCAGUGAAAUGCUACUGAGAUUGGAUGAACACAAACAGUAUGUGGCCGACAACAGGGAAAUGUGUUUAGGAUCGAGUCUGCAGAAAGGGUAUCCAUCGGUUCUUAAGCUUUUGGCCCUUCGAUUGUUGGGAGUCCUGUCCCUGAACUCCAUCAUAUGCAGUGCUCUCUAUGAAACCGGUAAUCAGUUGGUCAGCUGCUUGUAUGCAUGGCCUUUUGUGGUUUUCGGGCUGCUCCGGUGGGGCGGAUGCUUUUUUGCGGUGCUUUUGAUGGACACCACAGGCCGUAAGAAACCGACCCUUUUCGGAAUCUUUUCCACCGGAGCCUUUGCCAUCGCAUAUGCCAACUUAUUUGGCCGAACUCCUCAUAUGAUCACCGCCCUGGUGAUGCUUUUCAGUCUCCAAUUCUUCGAGGGACUGGGACAAUGUGCAUCGGCGGUUUACCUCACUGAAGGCUUUCCUCUACUAAUGAAACCACAUAUGGUGGCUGUGGUAUACAUAAUGGAACAAGCCGCACGACUGCUCCUCUGUAGCUUUUUACCAUCGAUCGCAGAAAUAACAGCAUACUUUCACUCCAUGGGAGCACUUUCCAUGGUGUGUUUUCUUCUCGGAAUCUUCUGCCUGCCCGAAACUAGACUAGUUACUUUGGCAGAAGCACAGCUCAAGUUUUCAAAGUGGUUCAACAAGGAUUUUUAG